CUUUGCGUUUUAAAUAGGUUUUUGGUGAGUAAAUGAGAAAUAUUUCUUAAGCUGAUAAAGCACAAGAACUUUAUCUAUGAACAGUUAUCUUAUAUAUAUUUGUCAUCCUCAAAACUAUUCGCUGGCAUAUACAGCACAAGUGGCACAGUGAGCGUGACAGAUAAUAUAAAUAAUGAGGCUCAACCCUACACACUCCUACUGGGUGAGAAGACGUCAUGGUGAACGGUGACCCAGGUGACCCCGUGGACUUUGUGUUACUGUAUGCCUCUCAAACUGGGAAUGCAAAGGCUAUAGCCGAGGAUCUGUUAGAAAAAAGUGAAUCACAUGACCUGUCUGGUGAAUUGAAAUGCUGCAGUGAGUUAGAGAAAAGUUUCAAGUUAGAGAAUGUCACAUGUUUAGUGCUGGUUGGCUCAACUACAGGUGAUGGUGAUCCUCCAGACACUGCUCGCAAGUUUUGGAGGCGCCUGCACAAGAAGGGUCAACCCAGUGACACUCUAAACCACCUCUCUUACACAGUCCUUGGUCUUGGGGAUACAAAUUAUACUAACUUUUGUAACUUUGGCAAGACUAUUGAUCAGAAGCUCCAGAGUCUUGGUGGACACAGGUUUUUUCCUUGUGGCUGGGCUGAUGAUGGAACUGGACUGGAGAUAGUUAUAGAACCAUGGAUCGAAGGACUUUUUCCUGCUCUCAAAAAUCACCUUGUCAAGAAAAGGAAUAUUAAUAUUACUGGUCGUAAAACAAGCUGCUGUCAAGGUCAGAAUACAACUAUGGAUGAAGGUGAUAGUAAAAUUUGUGGUAAAGAUAUUGUAGAUGAUAUAACUAGAACUACUAGUACACAGGAUAGUAACAAUGAAUGUUCUAAUACACACAAUAUUGUCAGUAAAAGUAGCAUUAAUGGAAGUGACAGUCAGCUCAUUUUAAAUGGUGAAAGUACAAUAGAUCAAACUAGUAUAGCUUUAAAAAAUAUUGAUAAUCAAGGAGAGGAGAAAAGGGUAAAUGAAACAUUUGUAACCAUUCUUAAAUACAAUAUUGAUGUUUUAUCGCGAGGAGAAAUCCAGUGCCUUCCUUUGAAAGCUUGUGCCUUUCCUUUAAGUACAAAGUUGACAUUACCAGUUCAACCCCCUCCUUAUUUGACAUUAAAAUACCUUAAUAAUUUUGAGGCCAGCACCAUUGAGAGUGGUGCCCCUCUGCCUAGUGCAGCCUCAAAGAUUUUCCAAGCACAUAUAGCAUCAGUAAGAAAACUAACCCGACAGGAUGCUAUAAAAACUGCUUUGGAAGUUACCUUAAAACUGCCCAGUGAUGUAAAUGAAUUUGUAUAUGAACCUGGGGAUUCAAUUGGGAUUAUUGUGGAAAACCCAAAAUAUGAAGUAGAAAUUGUAUUGAAUUUGCUAGAAAUAACAGAUAUAGCAGAUAAGAUUUAUGAAAUUUCUGUUGUUCCAAACACCAAAAAGAAAGUAGCCAAAGUGCCCAGUUUUAUUCCAGUGAAAAGUUCUCUUAGAUACAUACUGGAACAUUGUUUGGACAUUAGAGCUGUCCCAAAGAAACCUCUAAUGAGAUCUUUAGUUGAAUACACUUCAAAUUCCUUAGAAAAAAGACGACUGCAGGAACUUGUAAGCAAAGAAGGUGCAGCAGAAUACACCAAACAUGUUCGUGAAAUGAACCUGACAACAUUAGAUCUGCUAAUAACUUUUCAGUCCUGCAAACCACCUGUCACAACCCUCCUGGAACAUCUACCUCAGCUUCAACCCAGGGCUUACUCCAUCAUAUCAUCACCUCUUGUGGACUCCGAGAAUAUCUCAUUUGUUUUUAAUGUAGUUGAAAUCCCAAAGAAAAACACAGUCACUUUUGCGAGGAAAGGUAUAUGCACUGGCUGGUUGGCAUCUCUCAACAGUGAACUUGAAAACAGCCCCAAGGAAUUGAACAAUGCCUUUGAUAAUUUGACUAUUAAAGCUAAAGCUGACAUUUAUGCCAAUAUAUAUUUACGUGCUAACCAAACUUUUCAUCUUUCAAAGAAUACUAAAAUUCCUAUUGUUAUGGUUGGUCCAGGGACCGGUGUUGCGCCAUUUGUGGGUUUUCUUCACCAUCGACAAAAAAUUAUGACUGUUAACCCCGAUAAUGCCUUUGGGGAAUCGUGGUUAUUUUUUGGAUGCCGUCAUAAAGAACAAGACUUUCUAUAUCAAGAGGAAUUAGAAAGUUUUCAUGAGCAGGGUAUUUUGAAUCAUCUCAUUGUUAGUUUUUCAAGAGAUGAUACUAACUGUGACAGUCCAAAAUAUGUUCAAGACAAUAUCCUCAAGCAUGGUGCUGUGCUGACACCUCUGUUAGUAAAUAUGGGAGCCAUCAUAUAUGUUUGUGGGGAUGCAAAAAACAUGGCAAAGGAUGUUUUUGAGGCCUUUGUAACUGUGCUUCAAGUUACUAACAACCAAACUGAAGUUGAUGCUAGAAAAUAUAUAGCUCAGAUGCAAAUAGAAAAAAGAUAUUUGCAAGAUGUUUGGACAUAAUCUUACUGUGACAAAUCUUUUUAGAAUAAUUUAUAU